CGAUCCGCGAUCUAAAACCAGUCGAGACCUCUGCUGAGAGAGAGAGAGAGAGAGAGAGACAGAGAGGGAGAGAGUCGUGCCGAAGUGUCCGCCGGGGUCGUGUCGAGCUGAAGCGCGCGAGCGGCUCUGGAGUCCCGCAGAGCUCCUCAGGUGGAAGUCGACAUCCUCAUCCUCAUCCUCAUCCUCAUCGUCAUCCUCAUCAUCAUCAUGGGCCAGAAAGGAGGACGGGAACGCUCUCAGCUCCUGCCUCUUCUGCUGGUGUCCAGCAUGUGUUUUGUGAGUGCUGAAUACUCAAGUUGUGGAGAAAAUGAAUUUUACAAUUACACAGUCAGCAGCUGCCAGCCCUGCCCACAGUGUCAGCCGGGACAAGAGCCGUACAUGAACUGCGGUUACGGCGCUAAAGAUGACGACUACACCUGCAUCGCCUGUCCAGCCGGGAAGUUCUCCAAAGGCAAAUACGAGAUCUGCCGUCGACACAAAGACUGCGACUCGCUGUACCGCGCCACGGUCCUGACCCCGGGGACUCUGGAGAGCGACGCCGAGUGUGGGCCGUGUUUACCGGGGUACUAUAUUCUGGAGAACCGUCCUCGUAACAUCUACGGCAUGGUGUGUCACUCGUGUCAGAACGCUCCUCGAAACAUCAAAGAGUGCAUGCAGUCGACGCCGCCGUCAUCGGGACGAGCUCCCAGCGUCUCGUCCAGCAGCACCACCAUGUUCCCACACGCAGAGAAAGAUCCAACAGGACAGGGUCACCUAGCAACGGCCCUCAUCAUCGCCAUGUCGACCAUCUUCAUCAUGGCCAUCGCUAUAGUGAUGAUCAUCAUGUUCUACAUCCUGAAGACCAAACCGAGUGGACAAGCAUGCUGCUCCGGACAAAUAAUAAAAACGGUGGAAGCCCAAACGAACAAGCAGGAGGAGAAGAAGGAGGUUCAAGAAAACGUGGUGAUCUUUUCCGAAAAGGAUGAAUUUGACAAGCUCAAGCCUUCGUCUCCAAAGACGGCAAAGAGCGAGAACGACGCGUCGUCGGAGAACGAGCAGCUCCUGAGCCGCAGCAUCGACAGCGACGAGGAAGCAGCGCAGGACAAACAGGGAGCCGCCGACCUGUGCCUUCUGUCUCUGGUUCAUCUGACGCGGGACAAGACCUGCUCCACCAGCACCAUCAACAACACCACCACCACCAGCAGCACCAUCAGCAGCAGCAGAGCCACCGGGAUUCACAGCAGAAGGAAAAAGAUCCUGGAUCUGUACACGAAGGCCUGCAGCGUGGCCGAGGGUCUGAGCCCGACCGAGCUGCCCUUCGACUGCCUGGAGCGCACCAGUCGUAUGCUGAGCGCCACCUACAGCACAGACAAGGCGGUGGUGAAGACGUGGAGGCACCUGGCCGAGAGCUUCGGGCUGAAGCGCGACGAGAUCGGAGGCAUGACGGACGGCAUGCAGCUCUUCGACCGCAUCAGUACGGCGGGCUACAGCAUCCCGGACCUGCUGACCCGUCUGGUCCAGAUCGAGCGGCUGGACGCCGUCGAGGCCCUCUGCUUCGACAUCCUGGGCCCCGAGAACAGCGUCCCUCCGUCCAGCCACCAUCCCAACCUGACCUCGCGCUGCGCCAGCGUCUGACAGGGGCCAGGCCCAGGGCCCGCUUACAAGCAUCCAGCACGGCUUCAAAAAUACACUUCCGUAACGUCCUUAAAGCGCGAUACUUUUAUACUUAAACUAAAAGAAGCCCCGAGCACGUCAACUAUAAACAUAACGAUAUAAAUCCUUCUCAGCCUUGAAGAAUAGCACAACUAUUCAUAUCCAUAUUUUAUUUUCAGCUGAUGAACCAAACGAACACUGACAGCCAAUCAGAAUCCAUCCUGCUGUAAUGAGAUUUAAAGCGACAAUAUGGUUUGCUAGCUUGGACGCUUGUUAUCCUUAAGAGUACUCAACUGUGCUAUUUUGGGUUAAUUAUCAACUAAAAUGCACUUUUAAUAAACUAUCACUAGAAUGUAUUGAGUAACCCCUUGUAGCACACUAAGAUUCAGAAUCAUUUUUAGUAAAUUAGCUUCAAAACUAAUGCGUGAAAGUAGAGCACUUUAAGUACGUUACGGAACUGUACUUCUGUUUCAUCUCUCAGAUACGAGACUCCUUCAGAUGUGAGAUCUACGAGUCACAGAUGAUCUCGAACUCGAGCGGUUUCUGCUCUCUUCCUUCCAAACAACUCUUAAUUCAUGCCAUAAACACCAAAGAUCAUCAAGAUCAUCAGUCGUCGUCCGAACGCUUUCAUUCAGAACAGAGAGCACUUCCAAAAACCUGCAGGACUCCUUCAAGAAGACGCUUUUACAUAUUUGAGCUCUGGCGUGGAUUUAACACACACACACGCACGCACACACACACACUCACACACUCACACACGCACGCACACACACACACACACACUCACACACGCACUCUCACACACACACACACACACACACACUCACACACUCAAAGGUCAAGUCUUUCUAAACGAGGCCCUGAAGUC